AUAAAAGAAGCACCAAAAUGAAUUUCAUUAAUAAGAACAGUGGGAGUUACAGUUUUUUAGCGGUUGCAAACCAUUUGAUAGCAGUUAUAAAUCAUGGAAUACCAAAUCAAAAGACAAUUCACUAAUCAGUUAAUCUGUUAAAUGAACACACAACUUUAAUUGAAUAUAUCGAUAUUGUAUUUUUGUUUUUCAUAAAUUAACAAACAUUUAAUAAAAAGUACUUCAGCACCAUGUAGAAUUGAUCACAAUCAAAGUAGAGUAAGUUCAAUGAGAAACAGACAAUUAUAACCAACCGCUACUGGCUUACAAAAGCACUCUAGCUUUAGGUAAUAUGGGCAUCCUUAUCGUAUAUAUAAGGAAGCUAUGCUUCAGGCUUGCUCACACAACAAUCUUGUUAGGUUUUACAGUUGUUUGAAAAUGACUGCUACUGCUUCAAGCAUUUCUGAUGCUUAUAAUGUUGAAAUUGUUAAAAGAGAUGUUGUACUACCUGCUUUUCACUUAGAAGAACGCCUUCUUUCUUUGUCUAAUUUAGAUCUAGCAAUUCCACCUGUAUCUGUGCAUGUAUUUUUCUGCUAUAACAAACCCUCUGAUUGGACUUUUGAGUCUAUGAUCUCUCUUUUGAGAAAUUCCCUCUCAAGUGCAUUGGUGUAUUAUUAUGUUUUUGCUGGAGAAUUGAUCACCAAUAGUGCCGGGGAGCCAGAGCUUCUUUGCAAUAACAAAGGAGUUGAAUUCACACAGGCUUAUUCUGCAACUGCUCUUGCUCAAGUGGGGUUCUACGAUCCUGAUAGAACAGUGGAGGGGAAGCUUGUUCCUUUGCUUCCAAACUCCUCCCAAGGCAAAGGCAAUCCAGUAUUUAGUGUUCAGGUGACAGAGUUUAGCUGUGGAGGUAUAGUAGUUGGCUGUACAUUUGAUCACAAGAUAGCAGAUGCAUUUUCUGGCAACAUGUUCUUCACCUGUUGGGCCAAGCUUUCUAAAAACGAGUCCAUUGAUUCCCUAAUUCCAAGCUUUACAAAAUCUGUACUACGCCCUCAAGAUCCCCCUGUUCUCAGUGACAGAGUCUAUGUGAACCAGACUCCAGGAGGAAAAUGCCAACAAAUUGAAGAUCCAAGUUUAGCAAGUAGAAUUUAUCACCUCAAUGCCAAAAACAUUGAAAAAAUUCAAGCUUGUGCAAAUGAACAUGGCAAGAAGUACAGCAAACUGGAGGCUUUCUGUGCUUACCUGUGGAACCUACUAGUGCAUCUGGAUAGCCAAGAGAUAAAGCACUAUAGCAUAGGGAUAGCUGUUGAUGGUCGACCAUGUUUGAUGAAAAUGGGAAUGCCAGCUAAUUAUUUUGGCAAUGUUGUAGCCUUUGCAUUUGCUGAGGCUGCUGCUGAUGACAUCAAGAACAAACCACUUAGUUGGAGUGCAAAAAUAAUUCAUGAAGCUAUAUAUACUACAGCUCGGAAAGAGUAUUUUAAAAGCCUUAUAGAUUUGGUGGAGAGGACAAAAACAACAUCGGUAUCACAUAGAAUUACAGAUGGUAAUCCAUCAAGUAGACCUGUGGUUAUGGUGUCUUCUGGCCUACGUUUUCCCUUGUAUGGUGUUGAUUAUGGAUGGGGAAAACCCAUGUUUGCAAGCUACCAUUUCCCUAAAGGUAGUGAAGGUUACUAUGUCAUGCCUUUCCCUAGUCCUGUAGAGGAUGGUAGCUGGAUUGUGUACAUGCAUCUCCCUCUUUAUCAGCUAAAUUUUAUUGGAUCCUACUGUAGUGGCAUUCUCUCUCCAAUCACUAAGGAUCAUUUAGAUUUUGUUUUCUAGGAUAAUGUAGUUAGGCACCUUUAGAUGUAUGGUUUUCUCUAGAAUAAGCAUGGUUGCCCCUCCACAAAGAAAAGUCCAUUCAGGUUUGUAUUCAAAGUAAGUUGACAGUGAAUAAAACACUCUCACAGUUAUUUUUAAGAA